CGUGCGUAUCCCACUACGCACCUGGACGUGGAGUGGCGCCUCACGUCGUCGGCCGUCCCCCUCGGUCGCGACCUCACUGCCCCAUUCACUUCCCAACCGAGCUCCAUUAAUGGCGCCUCCCCUCACUUAGCCAUCAUAUCAUGCUACUGCCGGGACGACCAGCUGGGGCACCACUCGGAACCCGGCGCCACUAGUUCGUCCAGGUCGAGGUCCUCGUACCGUGGGUUGGGUGGGACUGCUGGAGCUCCCCGCGCCGCAUGGGCUACCAACCCAAGCACGGCGGCGGGGCCUCCGGGGCCGCGGGCGGAGGUUCCGGUGGAGGUGCCGGUGGUGCCGGCGACCACCUCCCGCGCCUGCACAGCCCCCGCGUCGCCGGAGGCGGGUACAUGACCCGCCGCGCCAACUCCUUCAAGCGCUGCCCCGGCGGCGAGAUCGAGCUUCAGAUCAGCGGCUCCCCGCGCUCGCCGCGGACCGACGGGCUGGGCAGCCCGCCCAAGGACGCGGCGGAGGCCUCCUCCAGCGCCUCCCCCAGCGCCGCCGGCCUCCACCACCAGCACCAGCAGCAGCUCCGCUUCCGCCUCUUCAAGCGCCCGGGCGCCGGCGGGGGCGCCGGCGACGUCGUGCUGGGGCUGGGGAUCCGGGAGAGGAGGAAGCUCGGGAACCUGCUCUUCUUCGCCUUCUGCGGCGUUUGCCUGCUUCUCGGCGUCGUCAAGAUCUGGGCAGGCGGCCGGUCAGCGCUACCAGCUGCCGAUGAUUUGCAGGAUCUUUCUGUCUCCUUCUCCAGUGAUAAAGGGCAUCAAGUUAACCACUUUGGAUAUAUGGGAGGGAAAGAGAGUGACAGGAUGUUGAUGACAGUGGAAUCUAGCAUUGGUGAAAGACAAAGCAGUGUGGUUGAGGCCUCUGAUGUCUGGUUCCAGCCAAGCAAUGAAAAUUUCAGACAAUGCAUUGUUUCAAACUCUCAUAAAAAGCAAGAUUCUCGCAGUAAUGGCUACAUUCUCAUAAACGCCAAUGGAGGCCUGAAUCAAAUGCGAUUUGGGAUAUGUGACAUGGUUGCUGUUGCUAAGAUUUUGAAGGCAACACUGGUUCUACCUUCACUUGAUCAUACAUCCUACUGGGCAGAUGACAGUGAAUUUAAGGAUCUUUUCAAUUGGAGACAUUUCAUUGAGUCACUGAAAGAAGACAUUGAUAUUGUUGAAACACUACCUCCUGCAUACAAGCAUAUAGAGCCUCUGGCCAAAGCUCCGAUAUCCUGGUCAAAGGUGAAUUAUUACAGAGAUGAAAUACUCCCUCUCUUGAAGAAACACAGAGUCAUUUACUUUACACAUACAGAUUCUCGCUUAGCAAAUAACGACCUUCCUAGUUAUAUUCAGAAACUAAGAUGCCGAGUGAACUACAGAUCUUUGAAGUAUUCUCAUACGAUCGAAGAUCUUGGUGCUACCUUAGUUUCUAGGAUGCGCCAGGAUGGAAGCCCAUAUCUUGCUCUUCAUCUAAGGUAUGAGAAGGAUAUGCUAGCUUUUACUGGUUGCAGUCAUGGCUUGACAUCGGAUGAAGAAGAGGAGUUACGUAAGAUGCGUUAUGAGGUCAGUCAUUGGAAAGAGAAAGACAUUAACGGAACCGAGAGAAGAAGUAUUGGUGGCUGUCCUUUGACUCCAAGGGAAACAUCGCUCCUGUUGAAAGGACUGGGUUUCACUCGGAAAACCAGAAUUUACUUAGUUGCAGGAGAAGCCUUUGGCAAUGGAAGCAUGCAAGCGCUGCUGGAUGAUUUUCCCUAUAUCUAUUCUCAUUCUACCCUUGCAACAGAAGAGGAACUUGAGCCCUUCAAAAAUCAUCAAAACAUGCUUGCUGGUCUUGACUACAUCGUAGCUCUCCGGAGUGAUGUCUUCAUGUACACAUACGAUGGAAAUAUGGCUAAAGCUGUGCAGGGCCAUAGGCGUUUCGAGGACUUCAGGAAGACGAUUAACCCAGAUAGGAUGGAUUUUGUGAACCUGGUAGAUGAAUUUGAUGAAGGAAGGAUCCCUUGGGAGGAAUUCAGUUCAGAAGUGAAAAGGUUGCACAAAGAUAGAACAGGAGCUCCAUAUUUGAGGGAGCCUGGGGAGUUCCCAAAGCUGGAGGAGUCUUUCUUUGCAAACCCCUUGCCUGGCUGUAUAUGUGAGAAACAUGGUGAACAAUGAACAAGUAAUCCAGCCCCGUCGAUGGCUCAUUGACAAGCUGUGCCAGCAGAGGAUAUAGCCCCUCUGCUUUCCUGCCUGCCGCAGCAUGCAUAGUUUGUCCGUCCCUGAUCAUUCAUAGUCGAGACACGGGGCGUUUGCGCCUACAUUUUCGAAGGCAUCGUCUAAAGUUCAGUGCAAGAAUUUUUUUGACAGGAUAUCAAAAUAUUCAAGCGAUUGGCGGUGGUACACCAAUUCUUAUACGACCAAAGCACGUGGGGGUCAGGCAUAUCACAGUGAUCUGAGGCGGUAUAUAAGAAGUAACUACGAGUUGGCGGAGUACGUGUAGGUAUACCUGGUAUAUGUUCUUCUCUUUGUUGCACUUAUAUUGUGCCGAUUACUGCUGCUGCUGCUGCUGCUGCUAAGUACGAGUAGUAUUUUGUGUUUUGUGUAGACAACAUUGGACGUACGCAGUUGUUCAAAAUGGGGGUAACCUUGUGCCCCUAUCUGUACAACUGGAAAUUUUGCCACUUGUAUUUUGUUCAGAUAUAUGAAGAAAUACAAUGGAGAGGCUCACAUCGAA